AUGCGGCAGCUUGAUUCAAUUAAUCCGAAGAUUACAGCCUGUCUUGCCGAAGUAAACCUCGAGAAAUGGUCAAGAUUUCACAUGCCAACUAACCGGUAUUAUAUAAUGACUUCGAAUAUAGUAGAAUCUGUGAAUGGAGUGACAAAAACUGCGAAGAACUUCCCUGUUGUGGCUCUAUUGGAUUCUUUGAGACAGACUAUACAAUCUUGGUUCUGUAAACAUAGGGACAGCGUGUCCGGUACUUUCACAAAGCUGUCAGGGAAUUACGAGAAAAUUUUAAGGGAUAUGAGUUAUGAUUUGAGAAACUUCACGAUAAUGUUUGUAUCUCCUACAAAUCAAACUAUUUUUUCUAUUUGUGGUGAUAGCUCAUCAUUUAUUGUUGAUAUGGAACAACGUACGUGCACAUGCUGGACAUUUCAAGUGGAACAAUUACCCUGCCCGCACACCCUGGCCGUUAUUGCAAUGAUGAAGAUGGAUGCAUAUGAUUAUUGUUCAUACUUCUACACGAGGGAUGCAUACCUCAAUGCUUAUAAACACACAAUGUUUCCAAUUGGAAACAUCAAUAAGUGGACAGUACUAGAUGAAGUUGUAAAUGUAGUUGUGCUGCCACCAAACUAG